AUGAAAAUGAAGAAGUUUAUCUCCGAAAAGUCAACCCCCACAGUCGCCGUAUCAUUGCCCAGCUUGGGGGAUGGUGGAGGAUUCGUCAAGUUCUUGCGCGAAAAAGCUGGAUCAUUCAGCAUGGCGUGCGAAAUGCCCAAGAAGAGGUUUUGUGCCGCUGUCAAGAUCGAAAGUUCCAACCGCAAGGACGGCUUUCAAGAUCAAAAUAACCAUGAAGCCAGAGGCAAGAGCUGUCUCAUAGCCAUCGACGACGAGGAGGAAACUCACUCAACGAAGCGCUCUGCUCAAGAUAAUGGGUUGGACUCUGAUACCCAAGCCAAGUCUAGAGGAGUCAAGUCAUUUGAGGAUGAUGAGGAAAAGCUGGAUAGAAUGCAUGAAGAGGCAAAGCUUUGGUAUAUACUUCAGAAGAGGGAGGAGUUGGUGUCUAUGGAGAAGGAGUUUGAGACUCUGAACAAAGAUAUUCAGGAGUUGAUUAAGAAGGAGAAGGAGGAGAUUGAAGUUAUGGAAGGGUUGAUGAGGGAGAUUGAGAGGAGAAAGGAGGGCUGUAGAAAGGAUAAGGGAAUGUAUAAGGCGAGUGAUGAGGAAUUGGAGUAG